GUAUAGUUUCCCAUCACGUCGCAUUAUACAAAUAUCAUACCAUGGCAGGAGGCCUUGAUAAAAGGACGCAUCGAGGCAACUCUACCAGCACCCCUCUUCCUCCGCCUUCUCCAGACCCUCACCGUGUGGCGGCCCAGCGCCGUCGCUGUCGGAGCGCCAUUCCGGGCGCAACUCAUCGUGCAGCUCCAGCUUCAGGUGUGUUCGAGUCCUUGGGCGAUGCCGCGCCGCUACCGGCUCCUCCUCAAGAAGGAGACAUCGAACAUCACUACCCAUCCGAGCUACCAGAGCUACAGCAGUACCCAAUUCAUCAUCAGGGGCAACGGAACAGCUCGCCUAACACGCCUCCUUGGUCAGCAAACAACGCAGCGCAGUCAUCAGCCGAUGGACCCCGGCUGGUAGCUGGUCAUGGCUCACAUGGACCAUCGCGACUUGUCAACUAUACCCAUGCAGCACACGUCGAUGCGACAUAUCACACGUACGGGGACCGUGUAUCUUCGAGCUUCGGAACCACAUUCCAGCCACCUGCUCUCCUCCCGCCACCUGCGAACGCCAACGAUCGAUCUCGACAACGGAACGGACGCAAUCCACCACCGCCGAACGUAAACGAGCAAUUACCGCACCCUGGGCGGCAGAGUGCGCCUGCGAACAUCAACAAUAGGCGCCAGCAACAUAACACAUACUUUCCACCCCUGGGUCCAAUCGACCCCACUCAACGACAGUAUGUCAAUUAUCCUCACCAGCACACAUUGGCGACCGGAUCCGGCGGCUUCAACGGCCGCGAGAAGUGCUGCUGAUGCCGAUCUGGAGAUAUACAUGUAGAAAGCGGCGAAC